AUGGAUAUCAAAGUAGAAAUUCCUGCACCUCAAUCAACCAACAAUGGUGAUGCGAAAACUCCCCUUUUAGCCUCACAAAAAUCACCUUCAACCACCACUCCCCAAACCGAUCAAAAUUCUUUGAUCGCACAAGCUAUUAGUUCAACAUUCAAGGGCACAGCCUACCUAGCUUGUCGUCUCCCUACAGGAACAGUCCUUGCUUUUCAACUCUUAUCUCCUAUACUCUCCAACCAAGGCGUUUGCGACGUAGCUUUCAAAACCAUGACAGCCAUUCUAUUGUCUCUGUGUGCAGUUUCAUGUUUUAUCCUUAGCUUCACAGACAGUUUCAAGGAUGAAAAGGGAAAAGUUUUCUUUGGUUUCGCAACGUUCAAGGGCUUCUAUCCCAUUGAUAGAACGGUGACUAUUUCCCCUGCAGAAGCUGCAAAGAAAAAGAUCGGUCCAUUUGAUUUCUUGCAAGCCUUUUUGUCGAUGUUAGUUUUCGCGACCAUUGCACUUCUUGAUAAGAAUAUUGUAGACUGCUUUUAUGCCACGCCUUCAGUUGAAAUCAAAGAGGUCCUUUCGGUAUUACCUGUUGCAAACGGGGUGGUUUGCAGUAUGCUGUUUGUUGCAUUUCCUACUCAGAGGCAUGGAAUUGGCUUUGGUGUUGACAAAACAAGCAUUACAUCUUAG